ACUAUAGACUAGACUACAAAGUACAUUAUAGACUACAUAUAGACUAUAGACUAGAAUAGAGACUGCUUAUCAAAAGUUCUUAAGCUACAAAAGGUGCCUCAAAAGUCGUAGGGGUAGUGCGGUAUUUUUCGAAGUUAGGAAGAACUAAAGUGCUGAAUUUUCCAUGCCGGUUAUGAAUCAAAGUUGAACUUAUUGCGGUAUAACUGUCGCGGAAACAUAAUCUAAAUAAACCACAAUACAAAUAACAACAUUAGAUCGGACUAAUUUCAGAUUCCAUGUGAUUAAAAAGAUUGAGAUUGAGAGUAAUGCCAAAUUCAUAAACUCAACAUUAUGGGAGGAGAUCAUGCAUCAACUGAUCAUAAAAUGUCAAAUGUACCUAAACUUAAACCGGUAAAAAAGAAACGAAGAGACAAAAGUGAUUUGGGUGAUAAUUUUGUUGCGCCCGAUGGUGGUUGGGGUUGGUGUGUCUCUAUAGCCAGUGGUAUUAAUAAAGUAGUAGCAUUUGCUUUGGUCCAACAAUUCGGUAUUAUUUUUCGUGAUCGUUUUACACAAUUGGACAUUACUAACUCACAAUUAACAACAAUUAUUAAUAUACAAAUAGCUGUAUCAGCUAUAACAGGCCUUUUAAAUGGACCUUUAUUUCGCAGAUUUUCUUUUCGCCAAGUGGCUGUGUUUGGUUCAUUUAUUACCUUCAUAGGAUUAUUUGCCACAGUCUUUGCAAAUUCCUUUCUGUUCUAUUGUUUAUCGUUUUCUUUAUGUUACGGUUUUGGUCGGGGUCUAAUUGUAAAUGCCUCUUCGUUAGCUUUAAAUACCUAUUUUAAAGUGAAAAGACGCACAGCUACUGCCUAUCAUUAUGGUGUAGUCGGAUUGGGUCCCAUUUUCUUGCCCUAUGUUGCUACUUUUUUCCUAGAUUACUUUGGGGUACAAGGAACUGUUUUAUUAUUUGCUGGCCUUUCCUUGAAUACUAUAGCCUGUUCUCUUAUAUAUCAACCGGUAAAAUGGCAUGUUAAAAAAUUAUCGAAAGAUAGUGAAGCUUCCGAAAAACUUACUGAUCCAAAGGAAGAUGAUAUUAUAGCGGGGGAUUUAGAAAUACCAGUAUUAGCUAGUGCCAAUGAUGGUUGGUUUGGUUCUAAAACCUCAGUGAAUUCACUUUCUCCUGCCAAUAGAAAUAGAUUUAGAUCUUGCGAUAAAAACCAGGGUGAUAAAAAGCUCGUGGAAUUAAAAGCACUGAAUAGUCAAGAUUUUGCUAAUGAAAGAAGUUUUUCACUUAAUUGCAGUAUUAAAAACGAACAUGAUCUAAAAGCUCCUGUUAAUAAGGAACAAAAUAAUAAUAAAGCUUUUAAAACAGAAGCUCAAUUAUUGAUACAGAUAGAGAAGGAAAAUAUAUCACAACUAUUGAAAGCAAAAGAACUAGAACCGACUCUAAUCGAGGAAGAAAAUGAAAGACGUCGGAAAUUACCCUGGUAUAUGAAAGUAGUCGUAUUUUUCGACUUUGAUUUAUUACGCGAUUUUACUUAUGUAAAUUUAGCUUUGGGAUUAACACUCAUUAAUUUUGCUGAAUUAAAUUUCAAUAUAUUAAUACCAUUUAUUUUAUAUGACUUUGGUUUCGAAAGUCAACAAAUUGCCUUGGCCAUGUCUUUGAUGGGUGCCUUCGAUUUAAUCCUACGUUUCCUAAUACCUCUCAUAACAAGCAUAAGUAAACUAAGCAAUAAGGCUUACUUUAUCUGGGGCAUCUUGGGUAUGUGUAUAGGUCGUAUGUUUUUAUCAUUUACCAGAAAUUUCUAUAUCAUGAUUGCCAUAUUUAUAUGGUUGGGUUUGAGUAAGGCUUUGCGUACUGUAUUUUGGGGUUUGAUAAUACCCGGUUGUGUGCCGCUAAAAAGAUUGCCAGCAGCUGCUGGUCUUCAGUUGCUGAUGUCUGGUCUAUUUACUUUGACUUGUGGUCCCUUAAUAGGUGUUAUACGUGAUAAAACCAGUUAUGCUUUUGCUUUAAACUUUUUCAAUAUUUUAUGUUUAUUGGCCAUUGCUGGUUGGGUAUUGGAGGGAUUUUUAUUUAAAUAUAGAAAUAAACUAAAACCAAUAACUGAAGACUGACAAAUAAGAGUAUAUGUUCCUGUCUUAAUUAAAAUAAAGAAAAUUACUACAAAA